UUUUUAAGACCUGCAAAUGACAUUUGACUCCUGAAGUUUCAUACAAAUGUAAAUUCUGCUUUAUAGUUCUGCAGUUUUUUUCUUAUAAUUGCAAAACACGAAAUGCAAAAGCGUGACUUUUCGAAACUACAACUCACUAGAGUAGCCUACUUUAGGAAAAUGAAUGCAUUGUGUAAUUUGGAGAACAUGAGGUCAGAAGGACUAAACCCAGUGAACGUCAGUUUCAAUAUAAAAACGCUUUGCUUUUGUUGACAGAGCAGACUUUUACUGCUUGCUCUUUGUAAAUCAAAAAACUUCGCUCUUCGUGUUUGUCGGCGCUUAAGUUAAAGGCUAAAGUCAAGUCGUCUGCGCACAUGGAGUUAACGAGUAAGCGAAUAGUUAAUCUUCUCCCGCCGUGCUAAAAAUAAUAAAGCAAAAGUAGUAAAGUUGGAGAGCAAGCACCGCAGUGUGUCACAGUGUAAAGACAGGAAAACUUCAAGGUUUUGUCGCCAUGGACCCUAAGACGUUUUGCAGGAAGCUGUGGUGCGCGCGCCAGCAACUCAUCCUUAUUCUUGCUCCGCUUCUCCUGCUUCCCCUGAUCUACUUUGUGCCGCCAAAGGAGGGCAAGUGCCUGUAUGUGGUGUUGCUAAUGGCAGUGUAUUGGUGUACCGAAGCUCUCCCUUUGGCUGUAACUGCAAUGCUUCCCGUGUGCCUCUUUCCCACCAUGGGAAUCUUACCUUCUAAGAUGGUUUGUCAGCAGUACUUUCUCGAGACUAACUUCCUGUUUCUCAGUGGCAUAGUGAUGGCAUCUGCAAUAGAGGAGUGGGGUCUUCAUCGGCGCAUAGCCCUCAGGGUGUUGAAGAUCGUAGGAGUGAAACCUGCCUUGUUGAUUUUAGGGAUGAUGAUUACUUCCUCUUUUCUGUCAAUGUGGUUGAGCAACACAGCCACAACAGCCAUGAUGCUGCCUAUUGCUAACGCCAUCCUGGAAAGUCUGUUUGGUAAUCUGGAGAUUUUAAAAGAGAACUGCAAGGUCAAGAGUGACCCAGAAGGUGAGGUUCAGGUGAAGAUGCAUGAACUUCCUUCUGAAAAACAGAUACUGACAACAGGGGACAGGCCUGAUGUGACAGACAUAUCAGAUCAGAAGAGCCAAGAAGAGGUCAGAAGAGAGGCAGAAUACCAAAUGAAAGUGUGGAAAGGAUUUCUUAUCUGUAUACCCUAUUCUGCAAGCAUCGGAGGAACAGCCACCCUCACGGGCACUGCUCCAAAUCUGAUCCUGGUGGGACAGCUAAAGAGCUCCUUCCCUGAAUGUGACCUCAUAAACUUCGGCUCAUGGUUCAUCUUCGCCUUCCCCCUUAUGUUAAUCUUCCUCUUCGUGGGCUGGGUCUGGAUCGCUUUCCUCUACGGGGGGCUCAAUACACGACUGUGCAUUAAUAAACACGACGAACGUGCGGCGGCAGAAGCAAAAGCCAAAUCCGUUAUUGACGAAGAUUACAAAAAACUGGGCCCGAUAAGAUUUGCAGAGGGAUCCAUCGCUUUCUUCUUUGUGCUUUUUGCCAUUCUUCUGUUCACCCGAGAUCCAAAGUUUGUAACAGGAUGGUCUGUUUUCUUUAAGAAAGGCUAUGUGUCUGAUGCUGUUACUGGAGUAAUCAUUGUCUCUAUCCUCUUCUUCUUUCCAUCCCAGCGUCCAUCUCUCCGCUGGUGGUUUGAUGCGAGAGCCGCAAAUACUCCGUAUGUGCCCCUGUUGUCAUGGAGAAAGGCUCAGGAGUGUGUACCGUGGAAUAUUAUUUUGCUGCUGGGCGGUGGGUUCGCAAUGGCCAAAGCCUGCGAGGAGUCAGGAUUAGCAGUGUGGAUAGGAAGCCAUUUAGAGCCUCUUGCUCAGGUCCCUCCUUCAGUUGCUGUCAUUCUCAUCACAGCCUUCAUCGCUUGCUUCACUGAGUUCGCCAGUAACACUGCCACCAUCAUCAUCUUCCUCCCUGUUAUUGCUGAACUGGCCAUUCGUCUGAAAGUCAAUCCACUGUACUUCAUGGUCCCAGCAACGGCGGGUUGCUCAUAUGCAUUUAUGCUUCCCGUUUCCACACCGCCCAACUCGAUCGCCUUUGCCUCUGGACACCUGCUUGUCAAGGAUAUGGUGAAAACUGGGUUUGUGAUGAACAUCCUGGGCAUUCUGUGUGUGGCUCUGGCUAUGAACACAUGGGGUCUUUAUAUGUUCAGUCUAGACACAUACCCUGAUUGGGCGAGACCAUUAAACGCUACCUCAGUAACAGUGCCUACACAUACUUUAUUAACUACAAAUAUGACACAAACUGUAUUAACUGCAAAUAUGACCUGUUAGACAACCAAAAACAGGUUUGAGUGCUAUAACACUGUAAACAUUCAUACAGAUUUUGUAUAAUAGUGUAGAUAUGAGACUAAAACAAAUACAGAAGUUGCUAAAGUGGGCGACUUCCCACUAAGGAUGGUUCACAUGAUCUUGGAAAAAAAAUGUAA